CCAACGUUACGCAGUAAUUCUGCGACGGGGGUUCUCACAUGUUCUGCUUUCUAAAGCAAUUUUACAUGAAAUAGAUCUCAGUUGCAUUCAUUUUAAGACAAGCCACAGUUGUACAGGUGUGAUGAAGCUGGAAUUGUCACGAGUGGUUCAGGGAUGUCGCUUGGGUGUUUUGACUGGAUUGGGGAAGACAGGGCAGCACUGCCUAGAGGUGCCCGGCUGUCUCCUGUACACCCGAUGUGCAACUGUACCCCAUCUGACCCAGGACACAUUACACACACUAAGUGAUCUACCCUCAGUCACCCAAGUUACGGUAGAAAGCCUUGCAGAGCAUCAGGAGGUGCUUGAAGAAUUUAAAGAGGGUGUAAGAAAAUUUGCAGGUCUUCAUAAUACUGUGCUCUUCUGCUCUCUGCACGAUUCUGUGAACCCCAACCCUGCUGGUCACGUCACCAACAAGACAGUAUCCGUGUGGGGAAGUGGUGGCCGGAUAGAGCUGACAGCGGCCCGGUUCAUGGCGAUUCAGGCAGCUAUCCAGCCCGACUGCUAUCAGAGUAUGGCAGAUGGAGAGACCUGGCAGGCCAAUUCAUCUCGCAAGAGAGUCCGUAAAGCAGUGGACCGAACUCUGGCCCAUCUGGAUGAGUGUCUGAUGUUGCACCAGAAGACCCAGGAAUUGAAGCAGGCUGAAAUAUUUGGAGUUGUGGAAGGCGGAGAUAUAAUGGAGGAGAGGCUCCGCUCCACUCGAGAGACUGCAAAGCGUCCUGUGGGCGGAUUUGUCCUAGAUGGAUUUCAUUCGGCUGCCAUGAACCAGGACGUGAGGGGUCAGUUGAUUCAAGCGAUAACUGCAGAGCUUCCACAUGAAAAGCCAAGGCUGAUUUUGGGGGUCGGUUGUCCUGACGAGGUGAUCAGCUGUGCUGAAGCAGGAGUCGACCUGUUUGAAAGCUUCUUCCCCUUCCAAGUGACCGAACGAGGCUGUGCAUUGAACUUCAACUACACUAUUAAUCCUGAUCCUGAGACAGCAGGUAGAUCAUCACCUACAGUGCUGGAACUAAAUGGAGAGACGCCCGCUGUCACGAAGCCGAGCAAAAAUGGAGAUGAAAAUAUGACGCCUUUCGAAAUCAAUCUCAAGGAUAAAAGGUAUCAAGAUGAUUUUCACCCACUUGUGGAGGGAUGUGACUGCUACUGUUGUCAAAAGCACAUGAGAGCGUAUGUCCAUCAUUUACUGGUGACCAAUGAGCUGCUUGCCGGCGUGUUACUCAUGCUGCACAAUAUGGCACACUACCUCGGCUUCUUCAAAGCGCUGCGGGAGGCAAUCGCCAACGACCGUCUGCAGGACUUUAAAAAUAGAGUUCUCAGUUGCAGAGAGCGAGAUGUGUAAUUCAAGUGAUUGAAGGACAUGGGGCCAGAAGAACUUCUACUUCAAGCUAUGGGUGAGCCAUACGAGUGCUCUGAUUUCAGAUUAAGCGUGUUUACGUGAAUGUAAAGCUGAAUUCUCAUGCAUUUGCCCUUGGCAUGUAAAAUGCAGUGAUCUGGGUAAUAGUGCAGUAUUCCCCUGGCUCAUUUCAGAGGGAGCGUAUGGAUUUGGAUUUUCCAUUCGUUUUACUCAAUGAACAAAUAUAGGAGUGGUAUUGAUAAUAGAGAAAUUACCUUUUUAAUAGGGUAGGACCAAAUUCACUCCCUAUAGCUCUCUAUCACAUUUUCUUAUUGUUGUAUUACUGUAUUACUGCAUAAUAAACUUUAUUAUGUUUGUUAAAUAAUUCACUUUUUUAUAUAACAUGCUUAGUUUUAGAACAGUAUUGUCAAACAAAACAGUUUUACUUACCAAAUUACCAUUAUGGCAGAUUUGGGCAUUUUCAUAUUUUUUUAUCACAAAGCACAUCUAGCUCACUGUUUGUAGAGAUGGAUAAGGUGCCUUUUGUACGGUUUCGUCCUGAAUUGUUUUGUAUUUAUAUUCCUCAGAUAACUCCACAAUAAAUGAUGGAUCUCAUGAGAGAUUUGGCUCCUGAUUCCGAUUGAAUGUAGACUGCCAAAUCUACAUUCACCAGAAAGUAGACCUUCAAGCGAAAACCUAAGCAUGGAUAGGAGAUUUAAGUUAUGAUGGUGAUAAAUAUUUUCAAUGUUGUGGUCAAGAGUUUUGGAUCUAAGUGUAUAUGUGGGACAAUUGAAUAUGUGUAUUCACUUUUGAGCAUUUACUUGUUGUGUGUGGGUGUGUUGCGGUGCUCUAGGAGUGGCAGCAGGUUGCAUUUCCAUUUAAAAUAUGUUCCCUUACACUUUCUCAGCAGGUGGGUUCUUUCCCCACUUUUUACCCAAUUACCUUUUCCGCAAGAGCCAGGAGAGAUUGUUAAAGAAAGUCCCUGGAUAACUUUCCCAUGUGCUUGAUUCUCCUAGCUCAACAUCUAAAGUUAUAUGUAUGGGGUCAGUCGUUGCAAGGGCUAUAUCUAUGUCUGUGAAAAAUCUAGACCUUAGUUUUAAACAAAACACACUCUUAAAUAAGUUUGUGGAAUUCUGUCUGAAAGUUUUGUUUUGGCCUGAACACUUUUUUUCAGAAAAUCUUGUUUAAUGGCAGGUUGCAUUGUGACAAGUCACUUAUGGUGCCGCAAUGGUGGAAAUAUUCAGUAUCUCUUUAGCCAACAUUGCAUGUGGCCAGGAUCUGACUUUCGAAAAUAAACCGUCCUGAGAAAUAUUACAUUAAGUUAAAUGUGUUACAUCCGACUCUGCUCUCCUCCAUUAAUCCUAAACUUGACACAGACCUGUACGCCACUAACAGCUUUUGAGCUUUGUGUAAUUAAAUUAAGAUUUACUUAAUUUUCAGUGAUUUCAUGAUCCUUUGUUAAUUCUGCUUUCAUUUUGUAUACUCUUGCUUUAUUCAUAUUCUUGUAUCUGACCUAGAGUAUUUAUGCACACAGGAGUGCUUGAAAUGACUUUGAAAACCCACACUUGACUAACCCUAAACAUUUCCUUUCAGAUUUCUGAUUGCAAUUUUUUUGUUUGACCCAAGGUGACAUUUCAUGAAAAAUGGCGUCCUUUUGAGGGUUUCUCAAAUAUGCACGUUCUAUGAAUGAAGUGGUGAUGGCAUUAGGGUAUCAGUCCAGCGGCAUCUCACCACAUUUGAAUUUCCCUCUGGAUCUAUUGGAUCUCAGAUGUCAGUGAUCUGACACAGUAUUAGAAAUGUCUCAGUAAUGCUGUUCUGUGCUGUAUAAUAUGAAUUUUUAUUUCAGCUGAAUGUCAUGGGUGUUCCUUGCCUGAUUUACAUUAAAAGAAGAGGGACGGCUAUAUCAGUGGAGCGUCGUUCUUGUGAGAGAACUUGACCUUUUGGUCCCUUUAGCAGCCAGUUAAAUCCUUUUUAAGGUUGAAUCCUUUUUUGUUUGUGGCACUCAACAUGUUAUUAUUUCAUUAUUUUCAAAUAUGUCAAAGCAUUCUGGGAGCUGGUCAGUUUGUUGUAAGACCUAGAACAAGUUAUUAAAGAAGUCUGAAAUCCCUGUGGAGAAAGUUUCCCAAAAAUAUAGUUUUGAACUAAGGAUGCUGAAUAGGUGGACACUUAUUGUUGCUCUUCUCAGAAAUUCAUGGCAAUGCUAGUUCCAAAGGGCCUUUAGCGUUAUAUAUUUUCUCAGGUGCUGUUCCAUUUAUGUUUGGCCUACUUUUCCGUAUUAUUUUGUCCGUAUUAUGAAAGGUUGGGGAAAGUUGAGGUAAAGGUUAUUGAUGUCGGUUGCGGUGGUAAGAUUUGCGUCUGAAUAGGUCAAACAGGAAUUAGUGCCCUUUUCUCGAGUCCCAUCUUUCACCUGUUAUCUUUCUUUGGUGCGAAUUGAUUUUUCUCCUGCACCCAGUGAGUUACUUUUGAUUAAAUGAUUCAAGGUGCUGGAUGCUGAACUUCUGCGGGUGACAAAUGUGUCUCUUGUACUUUGUAAAGUUUAAUAAAGUUGUUAAGGCACUUGGU